ACUGGUGAAUCAUGUCAUAAACCUGUGACCAUGGUCUCGCGGAACAAGAACUAGAACAUCAUAUUUGUUCAUAAUUAUUAGGGCUCAAACACUCUUAUGAUAGCAGCAUGGGAAUAUCGGAUAAGGAAGCGUUUAGGAUCCUUGGCCUUCCUUUAGGUGUGGACAAGGAUGCCAUCAAUGACAGAUACAAGUCUAUGAGCAGUAAAUUAUCCUCUAGUAAAUCCCUGGACGAUAAAAAGAAACUGGAACAGGUAGUUGCUGCAUAUAGCCAGCUACUACCACCUUCCACGCACAAAAUACAGCAGAGUAAACAAAAUAAUCGGGCAUCUCAUGGUAAAAGUCAGCCAGUAGUAUACGAGGAUGACGACGACUCUGAUGAUGACAGCUCCGAGGAUGAGUGGAGAGUUUUAUGUCGCAAUGGAGAUGCACGAAACCACAUUACAAAAACCAAUAACGUGGACUUAACAGAUGCUGAAAAGGAGAAGAGGAAAGCGGAAAAAAGAAGAGCGAAAAAGAAAAGAAGGAAAGAAAAGAAAAAAUUAGGAAAGUUAGAAAAUCAGAUAUUAAAUCAAAAUUCAAAUAAUAGCAAUAGUAAAAGAGAAGACGAUUCUGGGUCAGAAGAAGAUGAUGAGGAUGAAGAAGAAGAAGUACAGGGUUUGGACCCUAAUUCAGCCUUUGUUGCAACUGCUGCAGGGAAAAAAAUAGGACUUGGGGCCACAUCUAAACAUGAAGACCGACGGAAAGCACUGAGUAAAGGAGCGAGUCAGGAGGAGGAUGACAGUAAUGCUGCUAGUGUUGACACAGUGGUGCUACAAUCUCGCCAAUUAGCCAUCCGGGGUAACGAGGCAGCCAACGUAGGUCAAUAUUCUGUAGCUGUGCGCCUCUUUACUGAUGCCAUCCGCCUAGAUCCUAAUGAUCACCGCUUCUUUGGCAACAGAUCAUACUGCUAUGAUCAGCUUGGGCAGCACGAGAAAGCGUUAAAAGAUGCUGAGAAGGCAAUAAAGAUAGCACCCCAGUGGCCUAAAGGACAUUUCAGAAAAGGCACAUCACUUAGAGGUUUAGGAAAAUAUAUAGAUGCGGAAUCUGCCUUUGAAGUAGUUCUACGUUUAGAUAAGGGUUGUCAAGAAGCCCAGGAGGAAAUUCGCAAAGUUAGAAUAGUUCGUAUUGUUGAAAUGGGAUUUACUGAAAGACAAGCUAACAACGCCAUUGCUAAAUAUAAUCAUGUUCAGCCUGCCUUAGACGCUUUGUUGGCUGGAGAGUUUAAAGAGUCGCUGGAAGAUGUUUUUUAUUCAGAUGAGGAGGAGGACUUCCUUAAACAUGCCAAAAUAUCCCAGGGUUCUAAGGACGUUAAAAUGAAGACGUACAGUGCAUAUGAUGAUACGCCUUUAACACGGAACCGUCAUGUCAGUCAUGUCAGUCCUAGAAAUCCGGAAGGGUUAACAUCAUUAUGGGUUGGCAAUGUUUUACCAGAAGUUACGGAAAAAAUGCUUAGCCAGUUGUUUUCAAAACAAGGUCAUGUUACUAGUGUCCGUCUUUUGAAAGAAAAAUACUGCGCUUUUGUUAACUACGCGGAUAAAGGUGCUGCUGGCCGUGCCAUGGAGACGCUACAGGGUUACGAGUUUUGUGGCCAGAAGCUUCUCAUCAAGUUCCCAGAUAAUCCCAUACUUAGCAGUGCUCAAAAUGUGAUCAUCAGGAAAAGCAAACCUCAAAGUGUAAAAAAAAUGUAGGCAUCAAGGUGAUAGUCAAGCCACACACAUAGCCAAACAAGUAAGUAGAGGUGUUGGCUGCCUUCUCUGUGUGUCCUUUAUUUGCACUGUACUGUAGUUCUGUUUUUCUUGUUUAUUCUAUCCCACUUAGCACUACACAAUCUUCAUCAUCAGUCAACUUUUCUCAACAACAUUAUGUGGACAGCAUUGUGAAAGUAUUACUCAUUAUAAUGUUUUGUUUGGGCAGUUCUUGUUCAACAGUAUUGCCUCCAGUAAUACAAAUUUGACUAGUUUGUUUCAGUAGAGUUCCUUACAUGGUUCUCGAGUGGAGAAUUUGUAAGACUCCAGUCAUUUUGUGAGUUUUCAUGAAUGGCUUGGUGGGUUUUAAAUUUGUACCCUUCAUGUAAGUUAUGAAAUAUCUUUAUCGUAACAUGUGUUCUUGAUUUAUAUAUAUAUAUAAAUAAUCAGUCAGUAUCAUUUAUAUAUUGAAUCAGUGCACUGUGCUGUAAACAGUAUGUCGUGUAACAUACCGUUGUGUGUAUGAGUAUAACCCAAACAUUUUGAAGAGUUUUUUUUAGUAAAAAAGGGAUACCAUAUUUGGAUACCUGUACAUCUUUUACAACAGGAAGAAUGAGUUACUGACAAAGAACGAAGUAAAAGUAAGUGUGCGUGUGCAUGCGUGCGUGCGUGCGUGCAUCAUCAGUUGUUAGUGUGCUGUGGUGUGUGGGAAGACCAUAGUGGAAGAAAAAUUCUCUUUGUUAGUCAGUCAAGAAAGGAUUCAUAGAGCUGUCUAAGGCACCUUCAAAAUUAUAUAGAAUAGGGGAAGGCUCAUGAGAAACUGUCCUGACUAUGCUGUACUUCUGCUUGCUUAAUACACCUUGGAAUUUUCCGGUCAACCUGGGGUGUCUAAUGUGUGGGCCUGGUCUUUCAUAUCAUAGACAUGUUGAGAUAGGAUAGAUCUGUCCUUGCUAUGGUUAGGUUAGGUUGAGAUAGGAUAGAUUGUUUCUGCUGUGGUUAGGGUAUCUGUGAACUGGGUGGGUUUUUGUGACAUAGUGGUGAUAUGAUUAUAACAUUGAUGUCAGUUGUGUCUCAGAGAAUACAAUUACUAAAUGUAUUAAAAGCAGUAUUAAUAAUUAUUAUUUACGCAUAGGAUAAAUAGUAAUAAAUUAUUGAAAAACACAUCUCUUAUCUGUUUACUAUAUGAGUAUGUACCCUCAGUGUUAUAGUUCCUCUCCUGAAGCUUCACCAGCUGAUGACAACAUGUAAGUGUGGGUGACUGGGCAUGAUUCAACUUCCAUCCCUCCUCCUCAUGCUUCCAUUAACUAAUUUUUUAAUUAGAAAUUAUAUAUACUGUAGCAUUUUUACUAAUGGAUUAUAUUAAUGCAGUUAAUGGGAUUUUAAUAGAGGAUGCUCAUGACUUAGAUUUUUGUUCUUUCUGUUCUACAACUGAGUAAAUAAUUAUACACUAUAAAGUAGGUUUCUUGUUCACCUAUUUGUUCGGGAUGUAUUUGUGUUUUCCACUCCAGUUAGGAGUGUGACAGCUGAAUAGAUACAAUCUCCUGUCUCAUGGGUUUUUGGUUCAAUCCUGGAUCACUCCCAGUCCACCCAGCUGUAAAUAGGUACCUAACUUUACAGCCGGGAAAGUGAAGGCAGUAGAGUGCAGUGUCGUCCACAUUGCCUCCUUGUGUACCACAAGUUGUAAUCCACACAUGGACAGUCAUACCCUUGAGAGUCACUUCCAACUAUCCAGUUACCAGCAUAACAGUAGAUCAUUCUGCCAUUUUAUCUGUAAUUGAAUUGAGCUGAAACAGGUUAUAUAGCCUGAAAAUUAAAGUUAUAAAUUGCAUUAUUUAAAUAAUAUUGAUGUGGCUGAGCUAUUUGAGAGGUGCAGUGUUGUGGAUUCUCAGCUUGUUUGUACCCAAACAAUAUUGGUUUCUGGCCAAUAUUUAUAUAUGCUGUAAUAAGUGUAAUUAAUAGUACUGUAUCAGAACUCACAUUGUAUAGAAUUGAGGUCUUGAUAUGCUAAUGUUUGGCUUAAAAGCUUGUGAUGUGAAGUGUAGGAAUUGCUUAGACACAGCUAGUGCAGGUCAUGGGUUUACUAUAUUAUGACAUUAUGCAACUUUUCUUUUGGUGCCAAAGGUUGUAGGCUCUUGUAGAUGAGUGGCACCAUGAGUUAGGGUUGGCAACAUCACUGUCACCUCUUGUGUUAACAGAAGAGUGACCUCUAAUACUACAAUAUUGUCUAGCUUGAGUGUCACAGUUGCAUGCCAAGCUGCUUCAAGGCAUAGGAAUGCAGAUAUUUUAUUCAUGCACUGUAUUUUAUGUUUUUUAGUAAUUGUUAUCUCCUCCGCCUAUUAAAGUUCCCAAAUAUUCAUUACAUAUACUGUAGUUACGUUCAUGUCUGUAGGACAUAUUUUAGCAAAUUACAAAGCAAUUCAGAACUCAGAAUAAUUAAAGUACCGGUACUGUAAGUUACUAACCGUAAAUUACUUAUUUUCAUGUCAUUAUUUUUUGUUUGUCUUUUCUUUUACAAAAGUCUAUUGAGGUUCAUAAUGAGAACAGUGGUGGAGUAGUACAAGUACCUGUUUUAUUGAUGUGCUUUUAUUAUAUUUUAGUUACUGUUUUACUUAAGCUAUUUGUCUUUUAUUAGACACUUGCAUGAUUAAACUUUAGUUAUGGACAUUAUCACAGAAUGGCUUGUGUGUCAUGUACCGUAUUGUUAUGUGGAGAAUUAUUGAGCACUUAUUGAUAUGCACAGCGCUCAAUGGUUUUGUUGCCCAAAUUUAAUUAUUUUAAUUUCCUGAUUUAUACAACAUUGUAGUUACUGUAAUUAAAGUAUUACAGCUCUUU